AUGCAAAUUCGUGCGCCGCACAUAUCUGCCUCCAUCGCCAAGGCCAUCACCUUCCCGACCCUCUCCUCGCCUUCAUCACUAUGGUUCGCGCUAUACAUGCGCAUCCUCGCCUUCACUCGGCUCCUCAAGCUGCAUCUCACGCUCUUCCGCCCGGCGGACUUUACAUCCCUUCGCAGCAACGUAUGGAACAUUGACGAGGAUGACUACGUCAGCAGUUUCCAAGAGGGCGAGCUAGUACCCGUAGGCAAUCUGGGCUACUCGGGCUCGACCUUUUUCACGACGCGCGAUGGCAGGUUCCUCAUCAAGAGCCUGCCGCGCAGGUUUGAGUACAAAUUCUUCUCGGAAGACCUUUUUGUGCCGUACCUGGAACACAUGGAAGCACACCCCGACGCACUCCUCGUGCGCAUCACCGACAUGCCCUAUGCCAAGUACCACUCCGUGGGCGGGAUCCUCGGCGCGGCACCCCCGUGUCACAUUGUCAUGGAGAAUCUGCUGCAAGGCGAGGAGGAGUGGGAGACAUUCGACCUGAAACCCAAGGAUUAUUUCUUUCCCGAGAGAGAUAUCGCCAAUGGCGCCCUUGUGCGCGACGAGGUCAUUGAAGGCCUGGUGGACGAUCUCCCCGACAAGGCGCGUGUGCCGGCGCGUGCGCGGGCGGCGUUGCUAGCGCAGCUGGAGAAGGACACGGACAUUCUCCAGGCGAACCAGGCGGUGGACUACUCACUGUUCCUGGCCCGGACACGGACGAGGGGGGAUACUGACAACGACGACGACAGCGUGGGGAGUUGGCGCGAGGGCGUGAGGGGGGAGGAUGGGUGGACGUACCGUGCUGUCGUGCUGGACUUUUUCUGGACAAAGAGUGCGGGCCAGGCCAAGGCCAUGGAGGGUCUUGUGCGGGCGUUCAACACCGUGGCGGACAAGGGGCCCAUGAGCAUCACGGCGGAUCCGGAGGAGUAUAGAGAGAGGUUCCUCAAGAUGGUUGGGGCGCUGGUGAAGGGGGUUUGA